AUAUAAACACCAAACUCCCAGUACGCCAUAUUGAGCGAAUGUUGCCCGUGAAGCUUGGGGCAACUUAUUUAGUGGUUUUUUAAAAGUGUUUGAGAAAAUAUUUCUCACGUAGUAUUAUUAACUAAUUUAACAUAGGUAAUAAUCACUAUUUAAACAUUUGAGAACUAGAAUGAGCUGCUCGGAUUCGAAAAAAUCGAAGAAGAGAAAGAGCAGCAAAAGUGGAAACAUGGGUGACGUUCUUGGGAAAGAAUGCGGGGAUGGCGAGAAAGAUGAAAUGCCGCAGGAAACAUGCAGUGAAGAUGUCAGAGAAGAAGCCGACGGAGCACCUAAUGUAGAUGAGCAGUCUUCUCAGUCUAGUGGAGAACUGGAUAGCUACGAACUGAAACGAUCGGACGAUGUCAAGGAUGAAAUGAUUCAGUCAGAUGAAAAUUCAACUUUGCCACUCAUUACUGCAGCAGCAAGCCAGCGAGAAGAAAAGCCAUGUACAUGUGAAGCCUGCAAGGAUAAGCGGGAGUUGGCAGCAGAGCAGCUGGAAGAAAUGCGUCGAUUGCAGUCUUAUUGGAUGGAACUUCGUCAGUACAUUCGUAUGGUUUAUCGCAUGGCAAUGGAAGGCAGAACAGUUGAGAACAGUGGUGCAGAGGAUUAUGAGGACAAGAUGAAGGACCUGGUUCAAAAAUUGUGUGCUCGUGACCCACAUCAGCUUUUUCAGAGGCUUGAGUCACAGGUGCAGGAAUUUGUAAUUGAGGCAAAAGUCCGGCAAUUGGAACUGCUUCAUCGAGAGCAGCAAACUCCGGAAUUGGCUCAGAUAUUCCUUACAGGCCUGCUAGAGGGAUAUGACAAACUCUGCCUUGCUGCAAAGCAGCUGGCCCCUUUGCUACAGCAACUGGAGACUGAACACUUGCAUCGGUUCAACCUUACAUGGGAGGUCCUAAACAAACACCUGUAUCAGAGUUGUGUGUAUACUGACCCUCUUGUGCAGAACAAUCUGCCCCAUUACAUAGGACAGUUACGCAGUGUGACCGCAGGGAAGAAUCAAACCUAUUCUGAGUUGGUGCACCACUACUUGGCAUUUGAUGAUGAAAUGACCCUUAUUGGAGCUAUGUGGAGGGACACAGAAACACUUGUUAUUGAAUAUAAUCAGGAGCAGGCUACCUUGAAAGCAAAGCAGCGUAUGCUGAGGGAAGACUGGGAGCUGUUCAAAGCACAACGAAAGCUUAUUCACCAGAAGAUGUGGAAUAAGACUGCAAGUGGACUCCGAGAGUUUGAUGAGCAUUUCAUGACAGUAGCUAGCCGUGGAGGCCCUACACCAGGUCCUGGACCUGGUAGCCCCAGAGAUAGUAGUCCUGAUGAUGAUACAGGAGGUUCUGGGGGCUACUGUCCUGGCUGUAGCUCUCGCAGGGGCUGUCCAUGCGAUGAAUGUGCUGUGACUCAUCUUCUGACCUGUGGUGGUCUCAUCACACCACCAGACUCUCCAGGACCUCUGUACAGCCAUAAAGUUGAUGUCAUACAAGAGUAUCGAGUUGAGGGUGAGGGGAGCGAGCAGCCCCCAGAAUCUCCGUCAGAGCCAGACAUUGUGAGUGAAGGUGCUGUGGGGGGAGGAGAGGCAGAAGGAAUGGAGCUUGCUUCAUCACAGCAGCAGAGUUGCGAGUGUCAUGUGUGCACUGCUCCACUGACACCUAUGGAUCUGAUGGAAAGCUAUGAAUGUCACUCGUGUGUUCCUGGAGGAGCAUCAGCUGUCAAUAUGAACCUCCAUGCAGGGGGUUUUCAUUUAUACCCACAUAUCCAUGGUACUGGAGGAGGUGGUGAUGCUGGCAGCCUGUAUCCUCACUUGUACAACAUUCCGCCUUCCAUUCUCACACAGCUGGGCUCUAAACAUUCACGCCUUGGUGUUCACCUUCAGGAUCAGCUUCAGUUAACAACAGGUGCUGAGGCUAAGGCAGCUCACUUACUCCAUUCUCAGCUGACAAGUCCUGCAAUGUCCACUGUGGCUGAUCUGCUACCAUUAGAGGCUCUUCCACCACCAUCAAGUCCUCCUAGGGUUACCAAUACAGCAACUCCUGUCCCAAGCCAUCCCAAACCCACAAGCAGCCCACGAUCAUCACCUUCUGCACCAAAAACACCCACAUCCGUCCUACAGCCACAUAAACAAAACUCUUCUGCGAUGGUAUCAGUUGCCACAAAGGAAAGCAUUCCAGUCUCAGAAGCCUCAAUAGCAAAAUUGGGGGCUCCGUAUAGGGAGCAAAGUGGAAAUGGGAAAAUCACAGUUCAAAACUUGCAGAGUUCUGCUUCUACACAGACAAGCCCUAAUAAAGCCAAGACUCACCUCCAGCAACAUGUUGGAGUGGCUCAGCAGAAGUCCCUUGGGGGGAUGACCGCCCAGGCAACACUACCACGACAGCAGCUCUCUCAGAACUUUGUCCCUGUAAAGAGGGGUCCUGCUGUUGCUGCGUCCCAACAGCCAUCAGCAAAUGGCCAUCACCACCCUGUGAGUUCUGUGAGUUCCUCAGUCAGGCAUUCCACAACACAGACUGCCAGUCCAGCAGGGCACUCCCAUGCCCAUGGUCACCAGCCUCUACCUGAUGUUGUCAAGUCCGCUGCCACAAGCACAACACCGCAUCGAACAACAGCUGGUUCUGCUGCUUCUAAGGUUCCUGCUCAUUUGUGCCACAAGAGUCUCAAGAACGGAGGAAGUAUUGAACCAAUCAAGCGAGUGGCAUGUACUGACUAUCCAGACAGUGAGGUGGUUGACUUGGAGGAUUCAUCAAGCCAAGAUGACACUUGUUCAGAACGUUCUAGUUCUACUACCACGUCAACUCAGCGCGAUUCUCGCCACUGCGAUUGCUGUUACUGUGAAGUAUUUGGCCAUGGCAUGCCAUCUGUUGCCCCUGUGAGUCGCAAUUAUCAAGAAAUGAGAGAAAGACUAAGACUGCUUCUCACAAAGAAAAAAGCGAAGUGUAAGAUAGGUGGUGCUGGGCCUGGUGGUACCAGUGGGAUAGGAAGUGCUACAGUACCACAAGCUGGGGCAGCACCAUCACCUGGUACAGCAGAAACUGCAGUGAAAUUGAAUGCAGUGUCUGCUGCAGGAGUCUCGUCUGUACCUUCCCCAGCAGCCUCGGGCCCAGUUCUUGCCAAGCAGGCCUCGGCUGAUUCCCUUCCACAGCCUGUAAAAGACCCAAGAGACCUGGAAGCAUUGCUAGACUUCAUUGAGGGGAAUCAGUCUAGUAAAUGCAAAGAUGCUAAGAAAGCUGCCAAGAAAGCUAGACAGAAACAGAAAAAGUUGGAGGAGAAGGAGAAGAAAGAUCAAGAAGAAGCAGAGAGGCAGAGACUUGAAGAGCUUCAAACUAAAACACCAGAAGUUACAAUUACUGUAGUCAAUUCUUCCGGUUUACAUGGCGUCGGUUCUAAUGCAUCUUCCUCAUCACUGCAAAGUAACUCUGUGAGAGGAAAUAAGAAUUCAAAGAAACAAAAUUCAGUGUUGGUAGAGCAGAGAAAUGACAGCAAGGAAGAGGGUGUUUGUGUUUCUAGGGAAGCUGCUCCUACGCGUGUGACUUCUUCAGCCUCACAGCAGCCUCCUCAAAUGGUAACCAUCAAGAGGGUGAUGGAAGGCAAUGGAAGUGAACCUACUGUAACCAUCACUCUGAAGGGGGCUACACCUGACAAAGACAAAGUCCUCUUCACCUUGGUCAAUGGGCAAGGUGACUACCUUUGUCAGUCACAAGAGGACUCUAAAGUGGGGAUGCAGCCAAUGUCCAGCCAGAAUGCAAAACAUAGUCAAUGUAACACAAACAGUAAUUCAGCCAGUAGUAAGAAAAAAAAGAAUAAAGGAAACAAUAACAAUUGCUCCCAACAGCAGAACAAUCCAUCAUCAUCAUCAUCAUCAACAACAACAACAACAACAACAUCAUCAUCUAAAUCUCAACAUUCCACUGCCUAAAAUACAACUUCAUGUAAACCUUCC